AUGUCUGAACCUCCACCGCCGUCCUCUCUGAGUGGAACCGAGAUUAUCGUACGUCGACGUCGAGGGAGGCCGCCGAAGCGUAAGCGCUCUAUCGAGGAGCCACCGGCGAUCCCUCCUCGGGAAGACGCUACUGAAUCAACGACAUCGACUUCCGAGUUGGGUUGUCCUCUGACCAUGCCAGACUUCCAGGGAGAGACCUCGGGCUCAGCUGACUCCCAAGCUUUGAGGGAUGUAGCUGAGCAGUAUCUCGCCAGGAAGAUUAUUGUCAAGUCUGAGGCGACAAGGGAUGAUAAGAUACGAUGGGAUAUGCGGUUUUUCGUUGGGUGGAUCGAUGGGGAAUCACGGAGUCUAGCAGAGAUAACUGAGUGUGCUCCAACUGCUGCUGAGCUGCAGCUAACAUGCACACACGGAAGGCAUAAGAAGGACAGAGAUGUAGUGGGUAGUCAAGAUAUGUACUUCGUACAUCCGGACAAAGCUAGACUAUGUGGUCUCAUGCCUCAUCUCGAACAGGAACAGUGGUUCGAGCAGUAUAAGCUCCCCUAUUGUCGAUAUACGGAUGACGCCGAUGACGCUUGUGAAACCAUGUUACCGAACUACUUCCCGCAACCGUGGAAAGACUGCUGCUCUACGGAAGAUGAUGAUACCAGACUGAUUCUCAGUGGCCGUACUUGUUCUCUCGAAUUACUCCUACAGAAAGCUUAUGCACUCGGAGACAACGAGGCGUUGACGGUAAGAUGGUCCCGGAUAUUCGGCGGCGGUAGAGGUGUCUUCGCGAUGAAGAGCUUUCACAAGAACGAAGUAAUUACUCUUUAUUCGGGGCACUUAUUUUCCGAGGCACAGAGGCAUUGGAUGAAGGAUAAUUUCGGUGGAGCACUAUCCUCUCAUUGUAUCCCGCUCAUGCAUAAGCUCAUAUAUGUCGAUGGUCUCUUUACUUGUCUGAUGAAGGGGAUGUAUGUUGGUCAGCUAAUCAAUAUGGGUGGCUCUGGCUCAUCCUUCAACAAUGUUGAAUUCUGCCCAAUUGAGGUAUCGGUCGUUGAGCCGAGAUCAACUAGGAGCUGCAAGAGGACUCCCGCAUCUCCGCUCGCAACAUCUGUCACUGCUACAGGUGUGGAAAUGCUAGUUGUUAAAGCUACAAGGUAUAUACAUCCUGGCGAAGAGCUCUACGGUUCCUAUGGAAGUGCUUUCUGGAACAAACGUGAUUGUGAUUGUCGAGAGCCUCCACCAGUUGUGUUCCCGUAAUGGCAUCUGGAUGGCCACUUAGAUAUGUUCGGUGACCCGUUUGUUGUUUCUCGCACGUAGAAUCAAUUGGUGGCCCCAGUCUCAGUUUAAGGUCUGGUUUCUGAGUGAUGGUUUACUUGUCGCACAAGUUUAUUCAAUGGUUGUAGCACUAUUGGCCUCGGUUUUACGGUAGUAUCAUACUGUAUACUUGGCAUUCGUUGGGUGUUGCAAGUUAUAUUAUCAUCAAGCGGAAUUCAAUUAUCCAUCAGAUAAUC